AUGUCUUUACCCAAGCGUAUCAUAAGAGAAACUGAACGAUUGACAACAGAUCCUGUUGCCGGGAUCACGGCUGUGCCACAUUCCGACAAUCUAAGAUACUUUGAUGUGGUCAUAACGGGACCAGAAGGCUCCCCUUACGAAAACGGCAAGUUCAAGUUGGAAUUGUUUCUUCCGGAUGAAUACCCCAUGGUGGCCCCAAAGGUCCGUUUUCUUACAAAAAUAUACCACCCGAACAUCGACCGUUUGGGAAGAAUAUGCCUUGAUGUCUUGAAAAACAACUGGUCGCCAGCUUUACAAAUUAGAACUAUUUUACUAUCCAUCCAGGCAUUGUUAAGCUCUCCAAAUCCAGACGAUCCACUUGCAAAUGAGGUUGCCGAGGAGUGGAAGAACAACCACGCACAUGCAAUAGAGACUGCACGUGACUGGACUGCCAGAUACGCCAAAUAG